AUGAGUUGGCACCAGAGCCUGCCCCAGCGGCUCCCCCACAUUCAGAGGGAGCGCUCGUUGGUAGAGGGAGGCAGAGAGGUGCUCCGGGACCCUUUCCUGAAGAAGAUUUCAGCCGGAUUUCAGCAGGUGAAGCUGGGAGAAAGAGGUGGACGCCGCCGGGAUUUUUAUGAUGCAGGGAUUAACACCAGGCAGGCUAUGGAACAUGUCAGGGAAUCAAAGUCUGGAACAUCUGGGUCUGCCAUUCGUUUGACGGCAAACUUCUUUCGCAUCCUGUCCCGCCCUCAGUGGGUGCUGUAUCAGUACCAUGUGGACUUCAAACCACCAAUGGAAGCUCGUCGCCUGAGAUCUGCCCUCCUCUUUCAGCAUGAGGAAGUACUUGGCUCAGCACGGAGCUUUGAUGGGGCUCUGCUUUUUUUGCCUCGCAGAUUGCACAACAAGGAGACUGUGCUCCACAGCGAGACCAGGCAUGGAGAGAAGGUUCAGAUUACAGUCACCCUGACAAACGAACUGCCACCUACGUCGCCAGUGUGCAUCCAGUUUUACAACAUCAUAUUCAGAAGGAUCUUGAGAAUUCUCGACAUGCAGCAGAUUGGACGCAACUACUACAACCCCAAGGAUCCACUCAACGUCCCACAGCACAAACUGACCAUCUGGCCAGGUUACACCACCACCAUUUUGCAGUACGAGUCAGCCAUUAUGCUGUGCACUGACGUGAGCCACAGGGUGCUGCGCAGUGAGACAGUCCUUGACUUUAUGUACAACAUGAGGCAGAAGGUUGGAGAUCACCGCUUCCCUGAGACCUGCACCAAGGAGCUUGUUGGACUGGUUGUCCUCACCAAGUACAACAACAAAACCUACAGGGUUGAUGAUAUCGCAUGGGAUCACACUCCCAACAACACAUUCACGAGGGGAGACAAAGAAAUUUCCUUUAAGAACUACUACAAGACUCAAUACGGCCUGGAAAUCACUGAUGGAAACCAGGUGCUGCUGGUCAGCCAUGUGAAGAAGAUGGGUCCUUCUGGAGGUCCUCCUCCCGGCCCAGCCAUGCUCAUCCCAGAGCUGUGCUAUCUUACAGGCUUGACCGACAGGAUGCGAGCUGACUUUAACAUCAUGAAGGACUUGAAUGAACAUACCAGAUUGUCCCCAGAGCAGAGGGAGGGACGCCUCACCAAAUUUGUCACUACUAUACAAAAGAAUACUGAUGCACAGGCGGAGUUGGAUAAGUGGGGACUCAGCUUUGAUAAGCAGCUCAUAAAUCUGACUGGCAGAGUCCUUCCAGUCGAGAGGAUUUUCCAGGGACAAAGAUCGUAUGAGUACAACGCCUGGGCUGCUGACUGGGCCAGAGAGAUGCGUGGAAUGCCUGUGAUCAGCUCUCCUCAGCUGAAUAACUGGCUCCUUUUUCACACCCCUCGCAACGCCAACGAAGCUCAGAACCUCCUGCAGGCCCUCAACCGAGUCACAGGUCCACUCGGUAUCCGAAUGCAAAGAGCGAUCCUGAUCAAAUAUGAGGAUCAUCAGGAGGCUCUCCUCAGAGCCCUGCAGAGCAACGUUGGACCACAAACACAGAUGGUUGUGGUGGUCCUCCCCAGCAACAGGAAGGACAAGUAUGACAGCAUCAAGAAGUACCUCUGCGUGGACUGCCCCACUCCCAGCCAGUGUGUGGUUUCCCGUACCAUCAGCCGUCCACAGACAAUCAUGACUGUGGCUACCAAGAUUGCCCUGCAGAUGGCCUGCAAAAUUGGAGGAGAGCUCUGGAGUGUUGAAAUCCCUCUCAAACAGCUGAUGAUUGUGGGCAUUGACUGCUACCAUGACACUACUGCUGGGAAAAGGUCCAUUGGAGCUCUAGUGGCAAGCCUCAACCAGACCAUGAGCAGGUGGUUCUCAAUGUGCGUGCUGCAGCACAAAGGCCAGGAAAUCAUGGACGGACUGAAGAUGGCCUUGAGUUGUGCACUGAAAGACUAUCUGAAGUUCAACGGCCACCUGCCUUCGCGCAUCAUAGUGUACCGAGACGGAGUGGGAGACGGCCAGCUAUACAGCGUUGUCAACUAUGAGGUUUCUCAGAUCAAGGAUUCCAUCAAGUCCAUGGGGCACGACUACAUGCCCAAGCUGAGUGUGGUGGUGGUGAAGAAGCGCAUCAGCAGCAGGUUCUUCGCCCACAUCAACGGCAAGGUGUCCAACCCUCCCCCAGGCACCGUUGUUGACUCUGAGGUCACACGUCCAGAGUGGUAUGACUUCUACAUUGUGAGCCAGGCUGUCCGCCAAGGAAGCGUCAGCCCAACCCACUACAAUGUUGUGUACGACACUAGUGGACUGAAGCCUGAUCACAUGCAGCGACUUACCUACAAGCUGUGUCACAUGUACUACAACUGGCAGGGGAUCAUCCGUGUGCCUGCUCCCUGCCAGUACGGCCCACAAGCUGGCUUUUCUCGUGGGAGGAGCAUCCACAGGCAGCCCAAUGUGAAACUGAACACUGCUCUUCUAUCUUUAAGGAUAAAAUGUUAUUUGUUUUGCCUUGAAGUUUCCUUGUGA